AUGACGGCCAUCUUCGGCCAGCGUCACACCUGGGACAAAUCCCCCACGUACAACCACGCCAUCGGCCCUGCCACCCCACCGCUGCCCUACCAUGGCUUUGCGCCCUCGCGCCAUCAUGUCGCCGCCCACCUCGUCAAUAUGGCCGGGUACUACGACGACGAGGCCUCCAUCAAUGCACAACCGUCGCAGAUGAGCGCCGACGGUCACCCGCGCCGGGGAGACUGCUACGCGCCUGAUGACGACACGCCCAACAAGCGACAGAAGCGCCAUCGUUCUUCCCCGCGCCCCCAUGAUGCUUGUACGAAUGCUAGCCCGGCACCAGAAGCGCCAUAUGCGGGCCUCCCGCAGACUUCAGCGCUGCUCGCUGCUCAUAAUGACGCGCCCAGUCAACAGCAUUUCGAUAUGCUGCCUCCUCAGGACUCGGUACACGCCUCAUGGCAGGCUCUCCACGAAUACGCCCAGUCACAUGCCUCCCAGCAUGGCUAUGCCCUCAGUAUCAAUACAACAGCCAAGAACCGCUCUCGUAUCAAGCUCGCCUGUGUCUGCUAUGGCCAACCCAAGAACACGCACAAGUUGACUGCCGAGACGCGGGUCAGAAAAAAUAGAGUCAGCUACAAGACGGGCUGUAAGAUGUGGAUCGAGGGAAAGAAGCUGGAGGAUGGGACGUGGCUGUUGCGUGUUGGCGAGGCGCAACAUAAUCAUCCUGGUCGAGACAGCGCGGGGUGGGCGGUACAACGGAAGAGGACCUGGGGUCUUGUUGGAGGGCGCAUUGGCAUUGGAGGUGUAACAGCAAAAGAGGAACUUGCUAAACGGCGGCUCCCGGGCACAAACGAUACUCUGGAGGACGUGGAAGCAGAAGGCGAAGGAGGAGACGACUACGCACAACCCCCAUCACCAACCCUAGAGCCGGCCACACAUAGUCUGGAACGUGGAGGUCUAGUCUGGAAAAUCGUUGAACAAGAGAUGCUCCGCAAGGGUAAACCGAACCAAGGCCGUGAUCGCGGGGUAGGAAGAACCGUCGACGUCCUCCAACGCAGACUCCCCGGCAUUCACAUUCUCAAGCGCGACGUCUAUAACAUCCGCGCACAAAUCAAGCGUGCUCGCAAAGCAGCAGGCCAGCAACUCGGCGACGGCUGUGACAGUUCAAACGACGAAGCUCAGGACCAUGCUCUUCCUACUACUAUUACUCUUUCCAACGGUAUCGAUCCUGCAAUCCCACCAGAACAAUCCCACCCACAGCCACACAUCCAACCACCUCCCGCCGCCUUUUCCCCUCCUCCUCAUUCUCAUCCUCCUUCCACUAAACCCUCCUCCCCCGUACGAAAAGACUCCAGAAUCGACCCUUCCCUCGUCAACACUCCACCACCACCUCUUCCACCUCCUUCAUUACCCCCUUUACCCCCUCCUUCGCCUUCCCCAGACCCCCCAGCAACAACACUCCAAGUCCUACGCCUACGCCGUGAAAACGCAGAGUUACGCCGUUUACUCGCAGACAAGACCAAAGAAGUCAAAGAAAAGACGAUUGAAAUGGCGGGGUUGAAAAGUCAGGUCGAGUUGUUGAGUAAUCUUAUGUUGACGAGUGGGAGGGGGUUGAUGGGGGGGUGA